AUGCUUAUAUUGUUCAAUAAUUUCACGAACUACACGGAAACCAACAGGAGCAUCCUGCUGUUUGAAGACAAUACUACUGUCCCAGAAAAUGGGACAACAUCCGAUGUCCCGGAAAUGCAUCUCAUUGCCAAACUGAGCUUGACCGCCGUAUUGGGGAUCAUCAUACUGGCUACCGUGGUGGGCAACGUGUUCGUCAUUGCAGCUAUUUUAUUGGAGAGAAACCUUCAGACGGUUGGCAAUUACCUGGUGCUUUCCCUGGCCGUCGCAGAUUUGAUGGUGGCGCUACUGGUUAUGCCCAUGGGUGCCCUCUACGAAGUCAACCAAGAAUGGGUCCUGGGACCCGAACUGUGCGAGAUCUGGACGUCUGGUGAUGUCCUGUGCUGCACGGCUUCGAUCCUCCACUUGGUGGCCAUAGCGAUGGACCGGUACUGGGCAGUGACCCACGUGGACUACGUCCGACAAAGGAGCAGUCAGAAGAUCGGGUUGAUGAUUUUCCUGGUGUGGGCCGUAGGAUUCUUGGUGUCCUUUGCUCCACUCUUUGGUUGGAAAGAUGAAGACUUCCUCUACAGGAUUGAGCAAGAGAAAAGGUGUCUCGUGAGUCAAGAUGCUGCUUAUCAGAUUUUUGCUACCUGUUCAACGUUCUACGUCCCUCUCAUCGUCAUCCUGAUCCUGUACUGGAGGGUGUAUCAAGUGGCGCGCAAGCGCAUUCGUCACAAGCCGGGUGCCAAGUCGUCAUCGCACUGCGUCCAGCCUAUCCAGAAGCAGAUGGUCCACGUAGUCUGCAGCGACAACAGGAACUCGACGGGUUCUGGACAAGUAACUGAGACCACCACCACGACAACGAACGGAACCACAGCUUCAGUUGUCGGGAAUAACCCAAAACCCAAGAAGAAAGUCACCAGGGAGAACAUGGAGGCGAAACGAGAGAGAAAAGCAGCCAAGACUCUCGCCAUCAUCACGGGAGUGUUCGUGAUCUGCUGGUUGCCCUUCUUCUUGACGGCCUUGCUGAUGGCCGUGUGCGAAAUCGAGCCGGAUCCGCACCUCUUCUCCUUCUUCCUGUGGCUGGGAUAUGCCAACUCGACGCUCAACCCCAUCAUCUACACCAUCUUCAGCCCAGACUUCCGAAGCGCCUUCAAGAGGGUGCUUUGCGGGAACAAGAAGAGAGGUCGACUGCGAUAGAGACUGCAUACAGGAAACAAUAAAAAAAAAAGACCCAGCGCAAUAAGGACUGCAUCGUGUACUAGAGAAGCUUCGACAGAACUGCCUGGGGAAAACGGCCUAUGUACUGGAACAAUUGGAGAAGGGGACUAUAGGAAUAGGAAAGGGAGACAAAUUGUGAUAGGGACUGCAUGGUGUACUCGAAAAACUUGGAGACUACUCUACGGAAACAGGAAGAGAAACUCAUUGAGAUUGGAACUUGAUGAACUUGUAGAUUUCUUUUACGGGAACAAAAAGAGCCCAACUGCAAGAGAAAGUGAGUUGGUGCCUUUAAUAACCUGUCAGUUCCCUGGAGAAUUGCUUAAACUCACAUUUAUUUCAUACGCACCAUCUAAGAAGAAUAUUUCUCCUUUCAAGAACUGUACCUCAUACAACUAGCUCAAGAAAUGCCUCUUCUAAAACUUUCAAAACCUACACCAGUGAUCUUAAAACUGUUUGGUGAAACUAUAGAG